AGGAGCGGGCGGAGCAGCUGCGCGAGCUGCUGGGAGACCGCGCGGUGGGAUCACACGGCGGCGGCGGCGGCGGCCCAGAGACCUGAGCGGCGAGACCUCGGCCCGCGGCCUACUCGGAGCCCUCUCUCCACCGGAGGACCAGGGAUCCGCAGUCUUCAACAUAGAGGUACCGUGCUCCGCGCUCCCCGCCCAGCCCGGCCCAGCCUGCUGCGGCGGUGCCUCCUUCCUUCCUUCUUCCCUCGCUCUCUCUCUCGCCCGCCCGCCCGCCCGCGCCUUCCCUGUCUGCCUGCGUCACUGCGGCCGCCAUGGCUGAGAACGGCGAGAGCAGCGGCCCCCCGCGCCCCUCCCGCGGCUCUGCUGCGGCCCAAAGCCCUGCCUCUGCCCCGGCGGAGCCCAAAAUUAUCAAAGUCACUGUGAAGACCCCCAAAGAGAAAGAGGAGUUCGCAGUGCCCGAGAACAGCUCAGUCCAGCAGUUUAAGGAAGCGAUUUCGAAACGCUUCAAAUCCCAAACGGAUCAGCUAGUGCUGAUUUUUGCCGGAAAAAUCUUAAAAGAUCAAGAUACCUUGAUUCAGCAUGGCAUCCAUGAUGGACUGACUGUUCAUCUUGUCAUCAAAAGCCAGAACCGACCUCAGGGCCAGUCCACCCAGCCUAGUAAUGCCGCGGGAACUAAUACUACCACCGCGUCGACUCCCAGGAGUAACUCCACACCUAUUUCCACAAAUAGCAACCCGUUUGGGUUGGGGAGCCUGGGAGGACUUGCAGGCCUUAGCAGCCUGGGCUUGAGCUCGACCAACUUCUCUGAGCUCCAGAACCAGAUGCAGCAGCAGCUCCUGUCCAGCCCUGAGAUGAUGAUCCAAAUCAUGGAAAAUCCCUUUGUUCAGAGCAUGCUUUCGAAUCCUGAUCUGAUGAGGCAGCUCAUUAUGGCCAAUCCACAGAUGCAACAAUUGAUUCAGAGAAACCCAGAAAUCAGUCACCUGCUCAACAACCCAGAUAUAAUGAGGCAGACCCUCGAAAUCGCCAGGAAUCCAGCUAUGAUGCAAGAAAUGAUGAGAAAUCAAGACCUGGCUCUCAGCAAUCUUGAAAGCAUCCCAGGUGGCUACAAUGCUUUACGGCGCAUGUACACUGACAUUCAAGAACCCAUGCUAAAUGCCGCACAAGAGCAGUUUGGGGGUAAUCCGUUUGCCUCGGUGGGGAGCAGUUCCUCCUCUGGGGAAGGUACGCAGCCUUCCCGCACAGAAAAUCGCGAUCCACUACCCAAUCCGUGGGCGCCACCACCGGCUACCCAGAGUUCUGCGACCACCAGCACAACAACGAGCAGUGGCAGUGGAUCUGGCACUAGCUCUAGCAGUGCUACGGGGAACACAGUGGCUGCAGCUAAUUAUGUUGCCAGCAUCUUCAGCACCCCAGGAAUGCAGAGCUUGCUGCAACAGAUAACUGAAAACCCCCAGCUGAUCCAGAAUAUGCUGUCUGCACCCUAUAUGAGAAGCAUGAUGCAGUCGCUGACCCAGAAUCCAGAUUUGGCUGCACAGAUGAUGCUGAAUAGCCCUGUGUUUACUGCAAAUCCUCAGCUGCAGGAGCAGAUGCGUCCACAGCUCCCUGCUUUCCUGCAGCAGAUGCAGAAUCCAGACACACUCUCAGCCAUGUCAAACCCAAGAGCAAUGCAGGCUUUAAUGCAGAUCCAGCAGGGGCUACAGACAUUAGCCACUGAAGCACCUGGCCUCAUUCCAAGCUUCACUCCAGGUGUGGGGGUGGGGGUGCUGGGAACAGCUAUAGGCCCUGUAGGCCCAGUCACACCCAUAGGCCCCAUUGGCCCCAUAGUCCCAUUUACUCCCAUAGGCCCCAUUGGACCCAUAGGACCCACUGGCCCUGCAGGUCCCCCUGGCUCCACUGGCUCAGGCGCCCCCCCUGGGCCCCCUGUAUCUAGCUCUGCACCCAGUGAAACUACGAGCCCAACAUCGGAAUCUGGACCCAACCAGCAGUUCAUUCAGCAAAUGGUGCAGGCUCUGGCUGGAGCAAAUCCUCCGCAGCUGCCGAAUCCAGAAGUCAGAUUUCAACAACAACUGGAACAGCUCAACGCAAUGGGGUUCUUAAACCGGGAAGCAAACUUGCAGGCUCUAAUAGCAACAGGAGGCGACAUCAAUGCAGCCAUUGAGAGGCUGCUGGGUUCCCAGCCAUCAUAAUUACAUUUCUGUACCUUGAAAAAAUGUAUCUUAUUUUUGAUAAUGGCUCUUAAAUCUUUAAACACACAUAAUUGUACUUUACUUUCACUUUGAUUCUUUUAAAUCUGUCUAGUUAUAAAUUUAAUAUGCAUUUUAAGGUGGAGUCCUUUCCUCCCUCUUUGUUUCCUCCCUCCCUUCCCUCCUCCCUCCCUCCCUUCCCUCCUCCCUCCCUCCCCUCCUCCCUCC